GACCCGGGAGGGCAGCUGCAGGGAGCACCAGCUGGGACCUUCACUCCUGGGCAAGCUGGGAGGACUUCUGAGCUGGUGUCUGGCCGGCAGCUGCAGUCUGAGGACCCAGACGCAGAAACGGAAGAGGACCCCUCUGUGACCGAAGGGCCGGUGGACGAGAUCGUCCGGCCGAGGCCACAGGGGUCCUCGCCGGUCUACGAAUGCACUGCUGAGGGUGCCGGCUUUGGACUCCCGGGGGAGGACACAAGGAGAAGGCGGGCUUCCUCGGGCUCGGGGGGUCGGAGGUCCUGGUGGAAGCGAGACUCGGGAGACGCUCGAACGUUUUCCAGGAUGAGUCGUCGGCAGUCCGUGCAGGAGGCGACAGAGGUGACGCUGAGGACAGACGUGGAGGCCGGAGCCAGCGGCUACAGCGUCACAGGGGGCGGGGACCGAGGGAUUUUCGUCAAGCAAGUGCUGAAGGACUCCUCCGCCGCCAAGCUCUUCAGCCUAAGAGAAGGUGAUCAGCUGCUCAGUGCAACCAUAUUCUUUGACAACAUUAAAUAUGAAGACGCUCUCAAAAUUCUUCAGUACUCAGAGCCUUACAAGGUUCAAUUCCAAGUCAGACGGAAACGUCCUGCCGCGGGGGAUGAGGAAGGGGUCUCCGGUGGCGCUCAGCCCGGCCACAAGGACAGCGAGACGCAGGACAAAGAUGUCGCCGAUGGGUGCACAGAGACCCCCACGAAGACUGUGGAAGGAAGCGGAGACAAGGAGAGGCUGAUCUCCAAGCCCAGGGAGGGCAGGGGCAGGCCGUCCCAAAACGAGAGGCUCUCCUGGCCCAAAUUCCAGUCAAUAAAGACCAAGCCCAGGUCAGGGCCGCGGAGGUCACACAGCUCCUCAGAGGCCUGUGAGCGAGGACACCCACCCGACAUGUCCCCCACGAGCACAGACACAGAGGCCCAGCUCCCAACAGAGGAGCAGGAGCAGAAGGCGGGACCGGACGGCCAGCGGAGGAGAAGGUUCCUGAACCUGCGAUUCAGAGUGGGCUCAGGGAAGGGUCCAACACCGGGGGCGAGGCCGAGCACAGAGGUCCAGUCCGGGGUCCUAGAGGAGGCAGCAUCCUGGGAUGACAGCCAAGAGGGCGCCAAGGCCGGCACAGACAGGACGGUGGAGGGACCAGAGGGGACAUCAGCUCUCACUGCCCAGCAACCCGUGGAGCCAGGCCGCCCCAGCGAGGGAGCCUUGGGGGACGGGGCCAGCGAGGCACCCAGGCGCCGAAGAAAGACAAGGGAAGCGAAGGACCAGGUCGACUCUGUGUCAGACGGGAAACCCGGGAUGGACUCAGGCCCAACGCCAGGUGGAGACGGCCACAGAGAAGCACUCCAGGGCCCAGAAACUGGGACUGCCACAUCGGGUCUGCAAGGCAAAGUGGACACACAGGCCCGCCAGCCGGAGUUCCAAAUCCAAACACCCGAUGUCAAAACGCCCAGCUUUGAAUUCUGCAAAGAAACAGUGCCAGACAGAGGAGCGGGCACAGCAGCACGACUGCAGGGACCCAGACACGGAGGUCCCACAGCUGAGGCCACGGGCGUGAAACAGCAGCCUGACCACAGACCGGGGCCACAGGUGGCCGGAAAGCCUGCAGGGCCCCUGACAGAACGGGAGGAAGGAGGAGCAGAGGGAGCUGAGGCAGGGCACGGAGAGGCACACGCCGAAGACGGGGACACACACGCACAGGGCAGACAGGAGAGGAAAACUAGGUUCAAAUUCAAAACACCCUCAUUCGGAUGGUCUCCAGGAAAGGACAUAAAAUCGGGUCAGGAACAGGACAGAGAAAUGGAGAGCACACUCACCACUCUGACCGCACAGACAGGUGCCAGAGUCAAACAGUCAGAACGCGAAAAAACAAAAUUAGACACACCUGAGCUAGACUCAGGAGCCACAGAGGGAGAAAGAGAGGGUGUUCACACAACUCAAGCCGAUUUUACCCUGGGAGAAAGGGAGGUGGCCGCCAGAGACAGCAAGUUCAAAAUGCCCAGGUUCAAGAUGCCAUCUUUCGGUGCCUCCGUGCCAAGCAAGUCCUUGGAGGCCGCGGUGGACGUUUCCGUGCCCAAGAUCCAGGCGGAAGUGUCCCUGCCUUCCAUGGAAGCUGAGGUCAAGACCAGUGAUGUGACCGUUGAGCUGCCAUCUGCUGACCUAGAACUCAAGACUUCCACGGUGGGCCAGAAGCUCCCUGAUGUUCAGGUGCCCGAGGGAGAGCUCCAGGAGCCCUCAGCAGGAGCCGGGAUCAAAGGGCACCUGCCCAAGGUGCACAUGCCCAGCAUCAAGAUGCCCAAAGUGGACAUCAAAGCCCCCCAGGUGGACAUCAAGGGGCCCAAAGUGGAUAUCAAAGGACCCAAAGGGGAGGUGAGCGCCCCUGACGUGGAUGUGACCCUGCCCAGUGUGGAGAUGGAUGUCCAGGCACCCACGGCCAAGUUGGAGGCUGACGUUACCCUGGGAGACAAGGAGGUGACCGCUAGAGACAGCAAGUUCAAAAUGCCCAAGUUCAAGAUGCUAUCCUUUGGUGCCUCGGCGCCAAGCAAGUCCUUGGAGGCCGCGGCGGACGUGUCCCUGCCCAAGAUCCAGGCGGAAGCGUCCCUGCCCUCCAUGGAAGCUGAGGUCAAGACCAGUGAUGUGACCGUUGAGCUGCCAUCUGCCGACCUAGAGGUCAAGACUGCCAUGGUGGGCAUGAAGCUUCCAGAAGGCCAAAUCCCUGAAGGGGAGCUCCAGGAACCUUCGGCAGGAGCCGGAGUCAAAGGGCACCUGCCCAAGGUGCACAUGCCCAGCAUGAAGAUGCCCAAAGUGGACUUUAAGGCACCCCAAGUGGACAUCAAAGGGCCCAAGGUGGACCUGAAGGGCCCCAAAGGGGAGGUGAGUGCGCCCGACGUGGAUGUGACCCUGCCCAGCGCAGACGUGGACGUCCAGGCACCCACGGCCAAGUUGGAGGGUGACGUUACCCUGGGAGACAAGGAGGUGGCCGCUAGAGACAGCAAGUUCAAAAUGCCCAAGUUCAAGAUGCCUUCCUUCGGUGCCUCGGCGCCAAGCAAGUCCUUGGAGGCCGCGGUGGACGUUUCCGUGCCCAAGAUCCAGGCGGAAGUGUCCCUGCCUUCCAUGGAAGCUGAGGUCAAGACCAGUGAUGUGACCGUUGAGCUGCCAUCUGCUGACCUAGAACUCAAGACUUCCACGGUGGGCCAGAAGCUCCCUGAUGUUCAGGUGCCCGAGGGAGAGCUCCAGGAGCCCUCAGCAGGAGCCGGGUUCAAAGGGCACCUGCCCAAGGUGCACAUGCCCAGGCUCAAGAUGCCCAAGGUGGACAUCAAAGCCCCCCAGGUGGACAUCAAGGGGCCCAAAGUGGAUAUCAAAGGACCCAAAGGGGAGGUGAGCGCCCCUGACGUGGAAGUGACCCUGCCCAGUGUGGAGAUGGAUGUCCAGGCACCCACGGCCAAGUUGGAGGCUGACGUUACCCUGGGAGACAAGGAGGUGACCGCUAGAGACAGCAAGUUCAAAAUGCCCAAGUUCAAGAUGCCAUCCUUUGGUGCCUCGGCGCCAAGCAAGUCCUUGGAGGCCGCGGCGGACGUGUCCCUGCCCAAGAUCCAGGCGGAAGCGUCCCUGCCCUCCAUGGAAGCUGAGGUCAAGACCAGUGAUGUGACCGUUGAGCUGCCAUCAGCCGACCUAGAGGUCAAGACUGCCAUGGUGGGCAUGAAGCUUCCAGAAGGCCAAAUCCCUGAAGGGGAGCUCCAGGAACCUUCAGCAGGAGCCGGAGACAAAGGGCACCUGCCCAAGGUGCACAUGCCCAGCAUGAAGAUGCCCAAAGUGGACUUUAAGGCACCCCAAGUGGACAUCAAAGGGCCCAAGGUGGACCUGAAGGGCCCCAAAGGGGAGGUGAGUGCGCCCGACGUGGAUGUGACCCUGCCCAGCGCAGACGUGGACGUCCAGGCACCCACGGCCAAGUUGGAGGGCGCCCAACUGGAGGGUGACGUUACCCUGGGAGACAAGGAGGUGGCCGCUAGAGACAGCAAGUUCAAAAUGCCCAAGUUCAAGAUGCCUUCCUUCGGUGCCUCAGCGCCAAGCAAGUCCUUGGAGGCCGCGGUGGACGUUUCCGUGCCCAAGAUCCAGGCGGAAGUGUCCCUGCCUUCCAUGGAAGCUGAGGUCAAGACCAGUGAUGUGACCGUUGAGCUGCCAUCUGCUGACCUAGAACUCAAGACUUCCACGGUGGGCCAGAAGCUCCCUGAUGUUCAGGUGCCCGAGGGAGAGCUCCAGGAGCCCUCAGCAGGAGCCGGGUUCAAAGGGCACCUGCCCAAGGUGCACAUGCCCAGCCUCAAGAUGCCCAAAGUGGACAUCAAUGCCCCCCAGGUGGACAUCAAGGGGCCCAAAGUGGAUAUCAAAGGACCCAAAGGGGAGGUGAGCGCCCCUGACGUGGAUGUGACCCUGCCCAGUGUGGAGAUGGAUGUCCAGGCACCCACGGCCAAGUUGGAGGCUGACGUUACCCUGGGAGACAAGGAGGUGACCGCUAGAGACAGCAAGUUCAAAAUGCCCAAGUUCAAGAUGCCAUCCUUUGGUGCCUCGGCGCCAAGCAAGUCCUUGGAGGCCGCGGCGGACGUGUCCCUGCCCAAGAUCCAGGCGGAAGCGUCCCUGCCCUCCAUGGAAGCGGAGGUCAAGACCAGUGAUGUGACCGUUGAGCUGCCAUCUGCCGACCUAGAGGUCAAGACUGCCAUGGUGGGCAUGAAGCUUCCAGAAGGCCAAAUCCCUGAAGGGGAGCUCCAGGAACCCUCGGCAGGAGCCGGAGUCAAAGGGCACCUGCCCAAGGUGCACAUGCCCAGCAUGAAGAUGCCCAAAGUGGACUUUAAGGCCCCCCAGGUGGACAUCAAAGGACCCAAGGUGGACCUGAAGGGCCCCAAAGGGGAGGUGAGCGCCCCUGACGUGGAAGUGACCCUGCCCAGUGUACAGAUGGACGUCCAGGGACCCACUGCCAAGCUGGACGGUGACGUUACCCUGGGAGACAAGGAGGUGGCCGCUAGAGACAGCAAGUUCAAAAUGCCCAAGUUCAAGAUGCCUUCCUUCGGUGCCUCAGCGCCAAGCAAGUCCUUGGAGGCCGCGGUGGACGUUUCCGUGCCCAAGAUCCAGGCGGAAGUGUCUCUGCCUUCCAUGGAAGCUGAGGUCAAGACCAGUGAUGUGACCGUUGAGCUGCCAUCUGCUGACCUAGAACUCAAGACUUCCACGGUGGGCCAGAAGCUCCCUGAUGUUCAGGUGCCCGAGGGAGAGCUCCAGGAGCCCUCAGCAGGAGCCGGGUUCAAAGGGCACCUGCCCAAGGUGCACAUGCCCAGCCUCAAGAUGCCCAAAGUGGACAUCAAAGCCCCCCAGGUGGACAUCAAGGGGCCCAAAGUGGAUAUCAAAGGACCCAAAGGGGAGGUGAGCGCCCCUGACGUGGAUGUGACCCUGCCCAGUGUGGAGAUGGAUGUCCAGGCACCCACGGCCAAGUUGGAGGCUGACGUUACCCUGGGAGACAAGGAGGUGACCGCUAGAGACAGCAAGUUCAAAAUGCCCAAGUUCAAGAUGCCAUCCUUUGGUGCCUCGGCGCCAAGCAAGUCCUUGGAGGCCGCGGCGGACGUGUCCCUGCCCAAGAUCCAGGCGGAAGCGUCCCUGCCCUCCAUGGAAGCGGAGGUCAAGACCAGUGAUGUGACCGUUGAGCUGCCAUCUGCCGACCUAGAGGUCAAGACUGCCAUGGUGGGCAUGAAGCUUCCAGAAGGCCAAAUCCCUGAAGGGGAGCUCCAGGAACCCUCGGCAGGAGCCGGAGUCAAAGGGCACCUGCCCAAGGUGCACAUGCCCAGCAUGAAGAUGCCCAAAGUGGACUUUAAGGCCCCCCAGGUGGACAUCAAAGGACCCAAGGUGGACCUGAAGGGCCCCAAAGGGGAGGUGAGCGCCCCUGACGUGGAAGUGACCCUGCCCAGUGUACAGAUGGACGUCCAGGGACCCACUGCCAAGCUGGAGGGUGACGUUACCCUGGGAGACAAGGAGGUGGCCGCUAGAGACAGCAAGUUCAAAAUGCCCAAGUUCAAGAUGCCUUCCUUCGGUGCCUCAGCGCCAAGCAAGUCCUUGGAGGCCGCGGUGGACGUUUCCGUGCCCAAGAUCCAGGCGGAAGUGUCCCUGCCUUCCAUGGAAGCUGAGGUCAAGACCAGUGAUGUGACCGUUGAGCUGCCAUCUGCUGACCUAGAACUCAAGACUUCCACGGUGGGCCAGAAGCUCCCUGAUGUUCAGGUGCCCGAGGGAGAGCUCCAGGAGCCCUCAGCAGGAGCCGGGUUCAAAGGGCACCUGCCCAAGGUGCACAUGCCCAGCCUCAAGAUGCCCAAAGUGGACAUCAAAGCCCCCCAGGUGGACAUCAAGGGGCCCAAAGUGGAUAUCAAAGGACCCAAAGGGGAGGUGAGCGCCCCUGACGUGGAUGUGACCCUGCCCAGUGUGGAGAUGGAUGUCCAGGCACCCACGGCCAAGUUGGAGGCUGACGUUACCCUGGGAGACAAGGAGGUGACCGCUAGAGACAGCAAGUUCAAAAUGCCCAAGUUCAAGAUGCCAUCCUUUGGUGCCUCGGCGCCAAGCAAGUCCUUGGAGGCCGCGGCGGACGUGUCCCUGCCCAAGAUCCAGGCGGAAGCGUCCCUGCCCUCCAUGGAAGCGGAGGUCAAGACCAGUGAUGUGACCGUUGAGCUGCCAUCUGCCGACCUAGAGGUCAAGACUGCCAUGGUGGGCAUGAAGCUUCCAGAAGGCCAAAUCCCUGAAGGGGAGCUCCAGGAACCCUCGGCAGGAGCCGGAGUCAAAGGGCACCUGCCCAAGGUGCACAUGCCCAGCAUGAAGAUGCCCAAAGUGGACUUUAAGGCCCCCCAGGUGGACAUCAAAGGACCCAAGGUGGACCUGAAGGGCCCCAAAGGGGAGGUGAGCGCCCCUGACGUGGAAGUGACCCUGCCCAGUGUACAGAUGGACGUCCAGGGACCCACUGCCAAGCUGGAGGGUGACGUUACCCUGGGAGACAAGGAGGUGGCCGCUAGAGACAGCAAGUUCAAAAUGCCCAAGUUCAAGAUGCCUUCCUUCGGUGCCUCAGCGCCAAGCAAGUCCUUGGAGGCCGCGGUGGACGUUUCCGUGCCCAAGAUCCAGGCGGAAGUGUCCCUGCCUUCCAUGGAAGCUGAGGUCAAGACCAGUGAUGUGACCGUUGAGCUGCCAUCUGCUGACCUAGAACUCAAGACUUCCACGGUGGGCCAGAAGCUCCCUGAUGUUCAGGUGCCCGAGGGAGAGCUCCAGGAGCCCUCAGCAGGAGCCGGGUUCAAAGGGCACCUGCCCAAGGUGCACAUGCCCAGCCUCAAGAUGCCCAAAGUGGACAUCAAAGCCCCCCAGGUGGACAUCAAGGGGCCCAAAGUGGAUAUCAAAGGACCCAAAGGGGAGGUGAGCGCCCCUGACGUGGAUGUGACCCUGCCCAGUGUGGAGAUGGAUGUCCAGGCACCCACGGCCAAGUUGGAGGCUGACGUUACCCUGGGAGACAAGGAGGUGACCGCUAGAGACAGCAAGUUCAAAAUGCCCAAGUUCAAGAUGCCAUCCUUUGGUGCCUCGGCGCCAAGCAAGUCCUUGGAGGCCGCGGCGGACGUGUCCCUGCCCAAGAUCCAGGCGGAAGCGUCCCUGCCCUCCAUGGAAGCGGAGGUCAAGACCAGUGAUGUGACCGUUGAGCUGCCAUCUGCCGACCUAGAGGUCAAGACUGCCAUGGUGGGCAUGAAGCUUCCAGAAGGCCAAAUCCCUGAAGGGGAGCUCCAGGAACCCUCGGCAGGAGCCGGAGUCAAAGGGCACCUGCCCAAGGUGCACAUGCCCAGCAUGAAGAUGCCCAAAGUGGACUUUAAGGCCCCCCAGGUGGACAUCAAGGCGCCCAAGUUGGACAUCAAAGGACCCAAGGUGGACCUGAAGGGCCCCAAAGGGGAGGUGAGCGCCCCUGACGUGGAAGUGACCCUGCCCAGUGUGCAGAUGGACGUCCAGGGACCCACUGCCAAGCUGGACGGUGACGUUACCCUGGGAGACAAGGAGGUGGCCGCUAGAGACAGCAAGUUCAAAAUGCCCAAGUUCAAGAUGCCUUCCUUCGGUGCCUCAGCGCCAAGCAAGUCCUUGGAGGCCGCGGUGGACGUUUCCGUGCCCAAGAUCCAGGCGGAAGUGUCCCUGCCUUCCAUGGAAGCUGAGGUCAAGACCAGUGAUGUGACCGUUGAGCUGCCAUCUGCUGACCUAGAACUCAAGACUUCCACGGUGGGCCAGAAGCUCCCUGAUGUUCAGGUGCCCGAGGGAGAGCUCCAGGAGCCCUCAGCAGGAGCCGGGUUCAAAGGGCACCUGCCCAAGGUGCACAUGCCCAGCCUCAAGAUGCCCAAAGUGGACAUCAAAGCCCCCCAGGUGGACAUCAAGGGGCCCAAAGUGGAUAUCAAAGGACCCAAAGGGGAGGUGAGCGCCCCUGACGUGGAUGUGACCCUGCCCAGUGUGGAGAUGGAUGUCCAGGCACCCACGGCCAAGUUGGAGGCUGACGUUACCCUGGGAGACAAGGAGGUGACCGCUAGAGACAGCAAGUUCAAAAUGCCCAAGUUCAAGAUGCCAUCCUUUGGUGCCUCGGCGCCAAGCAAGUCCUUGGAGGCCGCGGCGGACGUGUCCCUGCCCAAGAUCCAGGCGGAAGCGUCCCUGCCCUCCAUGGAAGCGGAGGUCAAGACCAGUGAUGUGACCGUUGAGCUGCCAUCUGCCGACCUAGAGGUCAAGACUGCCAUGGUGGGCAUGAAGCUUCCAGAAGGCCAAAUCCCUGAAGGGGAGCUCCAGGAACCCUCGGCAGGAGCCGGAGUCAAAGGGCACCUGCCCAAGGUGCACAUGCCCAGCAUGAAGAUGCCCAAAGUGGACUUUAAGGCCCCCCAGGUGGACAUCAAAGGACCCAAGGUGGACCUGAAGGGCCCCAAAGGGGAGGUGAGCGCCCCUGACGUGGAAGUGACCCUGCCCAGUGUACAGAUGGACGUCCAGGGACCCACUGCCAAGCUGGAGGGUGACGUUACCCUGGGAGACAAGGAGGUGGCCGCUAGAGACAGCAAGUUCAAAAUGCCCAAGUUCAAGAUGCCUUCCUUCGGUGCCUCAGCGCCAAGCAAGUCCUUGGAGGCCGCGGUGGACGUUUCCGUGCCCAAGAUCCAGGCGGAAGUGUCCCUGCCUUCCAUGGAAGCUGAGGUCAAGACCAGUGAUGUGACCGUUGAGCUGCCAUCUGCUGACCUAGAACUCAAGACUUCCACGGUGGGCCAGAAGCUCCCUGAUGUUCAGGUGCCCGAGGGAGAGCUCCAGGAGCCCUCAGCAGGAGCCGGGUUCAAAGGGCACCUGCCCAAGGUGCACAUGCCCAGCCUCAAGAUGCCCAAAGUGGACAUCAAAGCCCCCCAGGUGGACAUCAAGGGGCCCAAAGUGGAUAUCAAAGGACCCAAAGGGGAGGUGAGCGCCCCUGACGUGGAUGUGACCCUGCCCAGUGUGGAGAUGGAUGUCCAGGCACCCACGGCCAAGUUGGAGGCUGACGUUACCCUGGGAGACAAGGAGGUGACCGCUAGAGACAGCAAGUUCAAAAUGCCCAAGUUCAAGAUGCCAUCCUUUGGUGCCUCGGCGCCAAGCAAGUCCUUGGAGGCCGCGGCGGACGUGUCCCUGCCCAAGAUCCAGGCGGAAGCGUCCCUGCCCUCCAUGGAAGCGGAGGUCAAGACCAGUGAUGUGACCGUUGAGCUGCCAUCUGCCGACCUAGAGGUCAAGACUGCCAUGGUGGGCAUGAAGCUUCCAGAAGGCCAAAUCCCUGAAGGGGAGCUCCAGGAACCCUCGGCAGGAGCCGGAGUCAAAGGGCACCUGCCCAAGGUGCACAUGCCCAGCAUGAAGAUGCCCAAAGUGGACUUUAAGGCCCCCCAGGUGGACAUCAAGGCGCCCAAGUUGGACAUCAAAGGACCCAAGGUGGACCUGAAGGGCCCCAAAGGGGAGGUGAGCGCCCCUGACGUGGAAGUGACCCUGCCCAGUGUGCAGAUGGACGUCCAGGGACCCACUGCCAAGCUGGACGGUGACGUUACCCUGGGAGACAAGGAGGUGGCCGCUAGAGACAGCAAGUUCAAAAUGCCCAAGUUCAAGAUGCCUUCCUUCGGUGCCUCAGCGCCAAGCAAGUCCUUGGAGGCCGCGGUGGACGUUUCCGUGCCCAAGAUCCAGGCGGAAGUGUCCCUGCCUUCCAUGGAAGCUGAGGUCAAGACCAGUGAUGUGACCGUUGAGCUGCCAUCUGCUGACCUAGAACUCAAGACUUCCACGGUGGGCCAGAAGCUCCCUGAUGUUCAGGUGCCCGAGGGAGAGCUCCAGGAGCCCUCAGCAGGAGCCGGGUUCAAAGGGCACCUGCCCAAGGUGCACAUGCCCAGCCUCAAGAUGCCCAAAGUGGACAUCAAAGCCCCCCAGGUGGACAUCAAGGGGCCCAAAGUGGAUAUCAAAGGACCCAAAGGGGAGGUGAGCGCCCCUGACGUGGAUGUGACCCUGCCCAGUGUGGAGAUGGAUGUCCAGGCACCCACGGCCAAGUUGGAGGCUGACGUUACCCUGGGAGACAAGGAGGUGACCGCUAGAGACAGCAAGUUCAAAAUGCCCAAGUUCAAGAUGCCAUCCUUUGGUGCCUCGGCGCCAAGCAAGUCCUUGGAGGCCGCGGCGGACGUGUCCCUGCCCAAGAUCCAGGCGGAAGCGUCCCUGCCCUCCAUGGAAGCGGAGGUCAAGACCAGUGAUGUGACCGUUGAGCUGCCAUCUGCCGACCUAGAGGUCAAGACUGCCAUGGUGGGCAUGAAGCUUCCAGAAGGCCAAAUCCCUGAAGGGGAGCUCCAGGAACCCUCGGCAGGAGCCGGAGUCAAAGGGCACCUGCCCAAGGUGCACAUGCCCAGCAUGAAGAUGCCCAAAGUGGACUUUAAGGCCCCCCAGGUGGACAUCAAAGGACCCAAGGUGGACCUGAAGGGCCCCAAAGGGGAGGUGAGCGCCCCUGACGUGGAAGUGACCCUGCCCAGUGUACAGAUGGACGUCCAGGGACCCACUGCCAAGCUGGAGGGUGACGUUACCCUGGGAGACAAGGAGGUGGCCGCUAGAGACAGCAAGUUCAAAAUGCCCAAGUUCAAGAUGCCUUCCUUCGGUGCCUCAGCGCCAAGCAAGUCCUUGGAGGCCGCGGUGGACGUUUCCGUGCCCAAGAUCCAGGCGGAAGUGUCCCUGCCUUCCAUGGAAGCUGAGGUCAAGACCAGUGAUGUGACCGUUGAGCUGCCAUCUGCUGACCUAGAACUCAAGACUUCCACGGUGGGCCAGAAGCUCCCUGAUGUUCAGGUGCCCGAGGGAGAGCUCCAGGAGCCCUCAGCAGGAGCCGGGUUCAAAGGGCACCUGCCCAAGGUGCACAUGCCCAGCCUCAAGAUGCCCAAAGUGGACAUCAAAGCCCCCCAGGUGGACAUCAAGGGGCCCAAAGUGGAUAUCAAAGGACCCAAAGGGGAGGUGAGCGCCCCUGACGUGGAUGUGACCCUGCCCAGUGUGGAGAUGGAUGUCCAGGCACCCACGGCCAAGUUGGAGGCUGACGUUACCCUGGGAGACAAGGAGGUGACCGCUAGAGACAGCAAGUUCAAAAUGCCCAAGUUCAAGAUGCCAUCCUUUGGUGCCUCGGCGCCAAGCAAGUCCUUGGAGGCCGCGGCGGACGUGUCCCUGCCCAAGAUCCAGGCGGAAGCGUCCCUGCCCUCCAUGGAAGCGGAGGUCAAGACCAGUGAUGUGACCGUUGAGCUGCCAUCUGCCGACCUAGAGGUCAAGACUGCCAUGGUGGGCAUGAAGCUUCCAGAAGGCCAAAUCCCUGAAGGGGAGCUCCAGGAACCCUCGGCAGGAGCCGGAGUCAAAGGGCACCUGCCCAAGGUGCACAUGCCCAGCAUGAAGAUGCCCAAAGUGGACUUUAAGGCCCCCCAGGUGGACAUCAAGGCGCCCAAGUUGGACAUCAAAGGACCCAAGGUGGACCUGAAGGGCCCCAAAGGGGAGGUGAGCGCCCCUGACGUGGAAGUGACCCUGCCCAGUGUGCAGAUGGACGUCCAGGGACCCACUGCCAAGCUGGAGGGUGACGUUACCCUGGGAGACAAGGAGGUGGCCGCUAGAGACAGCAAGUUCAAAAUGCCCAAGUUCAAGAUGCCUUCCUUCGGUGCCUCAGCGCCAAGCAAGUCCUUGGAGGCCGCGGUGGACGUUUCCGUGCCCAAGAUCCAGGCGGAAGUGUCCCUGCCUUCCAUGGAAGCUGAGGUCAAGACCAGUGAUGUGACCGUUGAGCUGCCAUCUGCUGACCUAGAACUCAAGACUUCCACGGUGGGCCAGAAGCUCCCUGAUGUUCAGGUGCCCGAGGGAGAGCUCCAGGAGCCCUCAGCAGGAGCCGGGUUCAAAGGGCACCUGCCCAAGGUGCACAUGCCCAGCCUCAAGAUGCCCAAAGUGGACAUCAAAGCCCCCCAGGUGGACAUCAAGGGGCCCAAAGUGGAUAUCAAAGGACCCAAAGGGGAGGUGAGCGCCCCUGACGUGGAUGUGACCCUGCCCAGUGUGGAGAUGGAUGUCCAGGCACCCACGGCCAAGUUGGAGGCUGACGUUACCCUGGGAGACAAGGAGGUGACCGCUAGAGACAGCAAGUUCAAAAUGCCCAAGUUCAAGAUGCCAUCCUUUGGUGCCUCGGCGCCAAGCAAGUCCUUGGAGGCCGCGGCGGACGUGUCCCUGCCCAAGAUCCAGGCGGAAGCGUCCCUGCCCUCCAUGGAAGCGGAGGUCAAGACCAGUGAUGUGACCGUUGAGCUGCCAUCUGCCGACCUAGAGGUCAAGACUGCCAUGGUGGGCAUGAAGCUUCCAGAAGGCCAAAUCCCUGAAGGGGAGCUCCAGGAACCCUCGGCAGGAGCCGGAGUCAAAGGGCACCUGCCCAAGGUGCACAUGCCCAGCAUGAAGAUGCCCAAAGUGGACUUUAAGGCCCCCCAGGUGGACAUCAAGGCGCCCAAGUUGGACAUCAAAGGACCCAAGGUGGACCUGAAGGGCCCCAAAGGGGAGGUGAGCGCCCCUGACGUGGAAGUGACCCUGCCCAGUGUGCAGAUGGACGUCCAGGGACCCACUGCCAAGCUGGAGGGUGACGUUACCCUGGGAGACAAGGAGGUGGCCGCUAGAGACAGCAAGUUCAAAAUGCCCAAGUUCAAGAUGCCUUCCUUCGGUGCCUCAGCGCCAAGCAAGUCCUUGGAGGCCGCGGUGGACGUUUCCGUGCCCAAGAUCCAGGCGGAAGUGUCCCUGCCUUCCAUGGAAGCUGAGGUCAAGACCAGUGAUGUGACCGUUGAGCUGCCAUCUGCUGACCUAGAACUCAAGACUUCCACGGUGGGCCAGAAGCUCCCUGAUGUUCAGGUGCCCGAGGGAGAGCUCCAGGAGCCCUCAGCAGGAGCCGGGUUCAAAGGGCACCUGCCCAAGGUGCACAUGCCCAGCCUCAAGAUGCCCAAAGUGGACAUCAAAGCCCCCCAGGUGGACAUCAAGGGGCCCAAAGUGGAUAUCAAAGGACCCAAAGGGGAGGUGAGCGCCCCUGACGUGGAUGUGACCCUGCCCAGUGUGGAGAUGGAUGUCCAGGCACCCACGGCCAAGUUGGAGGCUGACGUUACCCUGGGAGACAAGGAGGUGACCGCUAGAGACAGCAAGUUCAAAAUGCCCAAGUUCAAGAUGCCAUCCUUUGGUGCCUCGGCGCCAAGCAAGUCCUUGGAGGCCGCGGCGGACGUGUCCCUGCCCAAGAUCCAGGCGGAAGCGUCCCUGCCCUCCAUGGAAGCGGAGGUCAAGACCAGUGAUGUGACCGUUGAGCUGCCAUCUGCCGACCUAGAGGUCAAGACUGCCAUGGUGGGCAUGAAGCUUCCAGAAGGCCAAAUCCCUGAAGGGGAGCUCCAGGAACCCUCGGCAGGAGCCGGAGUCAAAGGGCACCUGCCCAAGGUGCACAUGCCCAGCAUGAAGAUGCCCAAAGUGGACUUUAAGGCCCCCCAGGUGGACAUCAAGGCGCCCAAGUUGGACAUCAAAGGACCCAAGGUGGACCUGAAGGGCCCCAAAGGGGAGGUGAGCGCCCCUGAUGUGGAAGUGACCCUGCCCAGUGUGCAGUUGGACGUCCAGGGACCCACUGCCAAGCUGGAGGGUGACGUUACCCUGGGAGACAAGGAGGUGGCCGCUAGAGACAGCAAGUUCAAAAUGCCCAAGUUCAAGAUGCCAUCUUUCGGUGCCUCGGCGCCAAGCAAGUCCUUGGAGGCCGCGGUGGACGUGUCCCUGCCCAAGAUCCAGGCGGAAGUGUCCCUGCCUUCCAUGGAAGCUGAGGUCAAGUCCAGUGAUGUGACCGUUGAGCUGCCAUCUGCUGACCUAGAACUCAAGACUGCCAUCGUAGCCGACAAGCUCCCGGAGAUCGAAAUGCCCGAGGGUGAGCCCCAGGAACCCUCGGCAGGAGCCGGACUCAAAGGGCACGUGCCCAAGGUGCACAUGCCCAGCGUGAAGAUUCCCAAAGUGGACUUUACGGCGCCCCAGGUGGACAUCAAGGGCCCCAAGUUGGACGUGAAGACCGUCGGAGGGGAGGUGAGUGCGCCCGACGUGGAUGUGACCCUGCCCAGCGUGGACGUGGACGCCCGGUCUCCCAGGACUAAGUCAGAUGUGGAUAUGUCCUCUCGGAACCUGGAACUGUUUUCUAAAGGAAGCAAGUUGAAGGUUCCUAAAAUCAACAUUUCUUCUUCUGGUCACCCCAGUAGUAAGUCUUCUCUGGUCUCUCCACCUGUCGAGGGAAUUGCCAAAGAUGUUGACCUCAGUCCUUCUUCUGGCCCCAUGCAUCCCGUCGUACGUGCUCGUGAUGAGGAUGCCGUCACAGUCAAAGGUGACGUAGGUCUCUCAGUUGGGAAAGAUGGAGGUCGAAGCAAAAGCAAAAAAUCCCAUUUUAAACUCCCCAAAGUCUUUUCUCCACCUGGGAAAACCCCUAAAGUGUUCUUAGCUUUUGGCGGAGAAGUUGCCGUGCGUUCGCCUCCGAGCGAGUCUGCGCAUGGCGGGUCCCCGGGGCUGUCCAGUACUUCUGAAACUUCCCUGCCGGAGUCCCGGCCCGGCUGGCUCAGUGGUCCCCGUGGGGAUUCCUCUGGCCUCAUUCCGGGUGAGGACGUCACACUUACAAAGUACCAGGUGACCAUCCCCCGUGACCCCGCCUCCCCCGAGCUGCCCUGUGUAGGCCUGUCUGGGUCCCAGGCAGAGUCUCAGUUGCCCAGCGUGGCCGGUGCCGAGGACUCCCCAUCCAGCGAGAAUAUUCUGCUGUCCCAGCCUGACGGCCACAGUGGCCCAGUGCACACCGUAUUUCCUGAAUCUUAUGGCCGCGUGACUUUUCCUAAAUUUCAUCGACCAAAGUUCCAACUGUCAUCCCCCCAAUCAGCAGCUGGCAUGGCGGAGCCCGGAGCUGCAGAGGGUGUCCCCGCCCUGUCCCCUCCCCUCCCUGAGUGGGGACCGCACUCCUCGGCCAGGGAAGCCACGGGGUUCCCCUUGCCAGGCAGUCAGUUGCCGUCUGCAGGUGUCUCUGUGUCCACGGUGGCAGAGGGACAUGUGGGCACCGCGGGGACAUCAGCAGUGGCUGGAGGGGAAGCCCCAGCCGGAGACGCGGAGCCUGAGGGCAGGGGCGGUCCUGUGAGAGCACCAAGAGUCAAGCUUCCCUCUUUCCGCUGGUCCCCCAAAAAGGGGGCGGAGUCCAAAGCAGCCCCUGGAGCCGCCCCGCCACCGGGGGUUUCCCUGCCACCAGCAGCAGCAGGUGAGGAUGUGAGUCUUGGGCAGGAGGGAGAGAAGGGGGUGGUCAGAGCACCCGCCCUCGCCCUACUGAAGGUCUCACCUCCCACAAUGACGGCUUCCACAGGAGGGGCCGGCGGAAGUGGCGGGGGCGGGGGUGCAGGUGCAGCAGCUGGGCCCCCAGAAGGAGCGGACGCGACCCUCCACCCCACACAGGCCCACGCUCCCGGCGCCGGCUUCGUCGAAGAUGCGCUCAGACCCGCCGAGGCCCCGCCGGAGGCGAGCCUGUCCACCCGUGGCCCGUCCCUUGGAGACAGCAGCAGAGAGCACGGUCUCGGGGACAGCUGGCAAAGCCAGCUUCGUGGGGAGGUGAUGGCCCCCUCAACAGAGGUCCCCCUGCAGCCGCCCCGGACAACCCCAGAUGCCGCCUCCCCCACGGAGGGGAGCCCAGCGCGGGAGGCGCCAGCGGGAGUCACCCCAGCCGGCCCCAGGGAGAGCUGGUUUAGAAUGCCCGCGCUGCGUCUGCCCAGCUUCAGGCGCCCCUCCAAGGAGAGGCCUGGGUCUGCAGGGCUGGGGGCUCAGGGGCCCGCGCCUGCCACCAGUGCGCCAGGGGAGGGACAGGCACCGGCCACAGUCUGGAGUCAGGGUGUCCCUGUUCCUGAGUCCGAGGAGGAGACGACUAGUGCCCGCGCCCCUGGAGGCCGGUGCCGACGUGGGAGCCACUGGCAUCGAGGCUUCUCACACAGACGUUCCGCAGAGGAAUCUAGACCUUCAGGCCCCUGCUGCCGGCGCGUCCACUCCCGAGGUCAGGGUCCGGCCAGGCGCGGGCUCCCUGCCCCUCCGGGUGUGCGGGACACUCGCAGAGCCCCACGGCCCGAAGGCCCCGUCAGACUGAGGGCCUCCAGUACCGACGUGCCGUCCCAGGUUUCCGUGGUCAACGUGGGUCAAGUCUGGGAGGACUCUGUGCUCACUGUCCAGUUCCCCAAGUUAAAGGUUCCGAGGUUCAGCUUCCCAGCCCCCAGCGCGGAGGCUGACGUUUUCGUGCCCCGUGUCAGAGAGCUGCCGUCCCCGCAGAGCCAUCCUGACACUGCCCUGCUCGGGCAAAGCCCCGGUGCCAGGGACGCCGGCGUCCUGAAGGCGCCCGAGGCCGUCUCCUCAGAAGCUGCCCCCAUCUGUAAGGUCAGAGUGCACAUUCAGAGCGCGGAGGCCGAGAGCAGGCAGGUCGCCGUACAAAGCACGGUGACAGCCAUGUACACGGAGCUCUCGGAGCCCCAGGCUCUUCCUGCCCGGAUCGUGCGGGAGUCAGAGGUCCCUGCGUCAGAGGCCCAAACGCCUUCCUACGGGUUCUCCUUACUAAAGGGGAGGGUCCCUGAGCCCACCGCUCGGUCGCAGGCACACGCGGUGACUGCGGACCCUGGGCCAAGAGGGCGCCUUCACGAGCCAGCCCCGGGAGCAGGACCUGUUUCUGGAGACCCGCAGCCUGACACCGGAGAGCCCUUUGAAAUUCUCUCUCCCGAUGGAGACGUGCCGGGAAUGCCAGCCUGCCCUUCUGACCUCCACUCUGGCCAUGGGCCUGCAGACAGCUGUUCUGACGAGGAGCCCGCGGAAAUUCUCGAGUUCCCGCCAGAAGAGGGCCAGGAGGUGGCGGCUGCCCUGGCAGGAGGACGGGGCCCCAGAGUGAAAGCAGAAGGUAAAAGGUCCUCCGGCCUGUUCCGGUUUUGGCUCCCCAGCAUCGGGUUUUCUUCCUCUGUCGCCGAGGCCAGCACUGACCCCCAGGCCGACGCCCCGAGGCCCGCUCCGGUCCAGACGCAGCCCGAGGCGCGGCCGCCCCACCCGCAGGAGAGAGCGGGCUGGUUUCGACUGCCCAGGUUGGGCUUCUCCUCGUCUCCCACCAAGAAAAGCAAGAGCGCGGAGGCGGAGGCGGGUCCGGCCGAGCAGCACCUCCAGGAAGAGGCAGGCACCUUCUUUGACGCCCGAGAAAGCUUCUCCCCCGAGGAGCAGGAAGAGGGGGGGGUCGGCGGAGGCCGCGCCUCCGGGGCGAUGGUGGCCUCCGCGGCGAGAACCGAGCUGAUCCUGCUGGAAGGGGACGGAGCCGCCAGCCGGGCCCCAGAGCCCAGGCCCGGCAGCGAAUGAGGGCCGGGCAGGGGAGAACCCUUCCCCGGAGGACGGGCGCCCAAACGAAAUCCCGAGGCAGAGGCCCCGCAAGCGCACGGGGCUCCAGUCCCGCGGCCCACGGGACUGAGGCGGCAGGGCGGCGGUGCCCGGAAGGACGUGGCCCUCCGGGGCGGGAGCCCUGUGGGGACCCCCGGGGUAGCGGGGCCGCGGAGGGUGUAGAAGUAGUUUCGCUGUCCUGUGGCCCCUGUCUGGUCCCGCCCCGUCUCAGGUGGAGUCUGGCGCCUUCCAGGGAAGCCCCCCCCCCCCCCCCCCCGCCUCUUGCCUGUCGCGAG